AUGGCUAUUGAUUCAUUUCUAUCAACGCAUUCAAGCAAACUAAAGAGCCUGGAUACGCCCAUGAUCUGGCUGGGUAUGUACUUUUUCUUCAACCUGUCCCUGACACUGUACAACAAGAUCAUCUUGGCACUGUACGAUUUCCCAUUUCCUUGGACAUUAACAGCAAUCCAUACGUUCUGUGGUGCUGUUGGAUCUUAUAUUUUCUGGAAGGGUGAUUUGUUUCAACCCGCAAAGUUGGGAGAUCAAGAAAACAUGGUUAUGCUUGCCUUUUCGGUCUUGUACACAAUUAAUAUUGCCAUCAGUAAUGUAUCUCUCAAUCUCGUCACCGUUCCCUUUCAUCAAGUUGUUCGUGCAAUGACCCCUGUUUUCACAGUAAUGUUGUCCAUCUUGUUUCUGAAAAAGUCGUAUUCCACCAUGACCUACAUUUCCUUGUUGCCUGUUGUUCUCGGUGUUGCAUUUGCUACAUUUGGUGAAUACAACUACACUCGAUUAGGCUUUGUGUUGACUGUAUUAGGUACAGUACUGGCAGCCAUCAAGACAGUGGUGACCAACAGAGUCCAAGUGGGCCGUCUCAAGUUGCAUCCUUUGGAUCUCUUGUUGCGCAUGUCUCCAUUGGCGUUUGUUCAAACCAUGGUUUAUUCUUACGUUACUGGUGAAAUGGCCGAGGUUACUGAAUUUUGUCGCACUCGAUUGACCAUGUCUCUCUGCUUUGCAUUGUUGAUCAAUGGUGUCAUGGCCUUCUUUUUGAACGUAGUCAGUUUUACCGCCAACAAAAAGACCAGUGCUUUGACCAUGACAGUAGCUGGAAAUGUAAAGCAGGUUCUUUCCAUUAUUUUGGCUGUGAUCAUCUUUAAUUUGAAUAUUACAUUUACCAACUUGAUUGGAAUCAUGUUGACAUUGGCUGGUGGCGCAUGGUAUACAAACGUGAGUAUGCAAGAAAAGGCCAACUCGAAAAAGGUUACCGAUUUACCCAUUGUGAAAGAAGGUGUUGAUAGCAAAAUGUUGAGAUAA